GGCCCUGCUUGCUCGGAGACCUGUGGUGCGGAGAGCUACGGAUCAGCCAAAGGGAUCCAACCCUGCUCCUUGUGGCAGCCAUGAAGAGAAGCACCUUCCUCAUCCUCUCCCUCACAGGGUUCUACAGUGCCAUUCUCCAUACAGCAGCAUGGUCCGUGAAUAACUUCCUGAUGACAGGACCUAAGGCUUACCUGACGUACUCCAGCAGCGUGGCAGCCGGGGCACACAGUGGGAUGGAGGAGUGCAAGUUCCAGUUCGGGUGGGAGCGCUGGAACUGCCCCGAGAGCGCCCUGCAGCUCUCCACACACAACCGGCUCCGCAGCGCGACCCGGGAAACAUCCUUUGUACACGCCAUCAGCUCUGCUGGUGUCAUGUACACCCUCACCAGGAACUGCAGCCUGGGGGACUUCGAGAGCUGCGGCUGUGACGACUCCAGGAACGGCCGUGUGGGUGGCCGAGGCUGGGUCUGGGGAGGAUGCAGCGACAACGUGGAGUUUGGGGAGAAGGUUUCCAAGCUCUUUGUGGACGCCUUGGAAACAGGACACGACACCCGUGCGCUGAUCAACCUGCACAACAAUGAAGUCGGGAGACUUGCGGUGAAAGACACGAUGAAACGAGCCUGCAAGUGCCACGGGGUGUCGGGCAGCUGCAGCAUCCAGACCUGCUGGCUCCAGCUCGCCGAGUUCCGUGAGAUCGGGAACUACCUGAAGAUAAAAUACGACCAAGCCCACAAGCUGGAGAUGGACAAGCGGCGGGUGAGGGCCGGCAACAGCGCCGACAGCCGCGGUGCCACGGCACAGACCUUCCACCACGUCCACGCCACGGAGCUCGUCUUCCUGGAGGACUCCCCCGACUACUGCACGAGGAACGCCAGCCUGGGCCACCACGGCACCGAGGGCCGCGAGUGCCUGCAGACCGGCAAGAACCUCUCCCAGUGGGAGAAGAGGAGCUGCCGGCGGCUCUGCACCGAGUGCGGGCUCCGGGUGGAGGAGCGGAGGACGGAGGUGGUGUCCAGCUGCAACUGCAAGUUCCACUGGUGCUGCACCGUGCGCUGCGAGCAGUGCCGGACGCUGGUGGCCAAGCACUUCUGCACCCGCCGCGACAGCGCCGCCGCCCCCAACCACAUCAGGCAGAGGAACAGAGGCCACAAGAGAUAAGGGGCGGCCACGGCACCCCAGGGGGACGCUUUGGGGCCCUCACGCUGGGGAAGGAGCGUCCUGGGCUCUGCAGGGCUCAGCGGGCACCGUGCCAGGGGAUGGGGUCUCCUGUGGAUGGACGCAGUGAGACCGGGAAGCACAAGGCACGGGCGCUGAGGGGCCACGGUCCUUCCUGCUUCCAUGUUUUUUCCUCAGUAUUUACCAGUAGCUUCUUUCUUGUUGGGAGUCACUUUAUCUGUGAGACAGAGAGAAGAGUUUCACGUUUUAGGUGGGCCCAACCCCUUGUGCCCCUGCCAGCGGGUCUGCCAGUGCCAGCGGUGGGGCACCAGCCCUGCAGCCAGACAGUUGGG